CUGUAUAAAAGCGAUUGGAACGAUGCUGGGCAACAGUCAGAGACAUUUCGUGGGAGGAACAUGAAACUUCUAGCAGCUGUUCUGUUUGCAUGCGUGGCAACACUUGCGCUGUUGCACAGCGUUUACGGUACACCGGUGCAGCCGGCGAUUCCAGAAGCGUCCGCUGCCAAUUCCAAGCCAGGAGCCAAUCCAGCGCCCAAUUCAGCGCCCAAUUCAGCGCCCAAUGCAGCACCCAAUCCAGUGCCAAAUCCAAAGGCACCAGCUCCCAAUUCAGCGCCAAAUCAAACGGCUUUGGUGCUCAACGAUGAGCUUUCGAGCACCCCAGCUGAAACCCAAGAUCCACUAUACCGUGUCACUCUACAAGAUGACAAUGUGAAGGAUGGCGGUCCAGUCGCAGUCAAGAGCUUAGGUCCAAGCAACAGCAAUUCGCCAGGAAACGCCGCCUAUCAAGGUGAAGCUGCUCCAUCCCUAGAUGCGGCUCCCAAUAUGGAUGAAAUCUCUGCCGAUGGUGCAGCCGACCAGCAGGCCAUAGUUGUCUAGGGAGAGGAGCAAUAAGCAGCUUCAGGUAAAUGCACACUACCACAUGCAAAGCUAAAGC